AUGUAUGCGGUGCAAAUAGGAAAGCUGGACGAGGCAACUCUAGCUCUAAAGCAAAGGGAAUCUACUAAACGAGAGUUGGUAAAUCUGAUUGACAAUCGCAUUCCUGUCGUGUUGGAGGAGAUUGGACGAUUACUUCGAGAAGCGCUCAUCAUUUUAUCAGGAUCUGCUGAUGUUGGAUCUAGUCCAAAGAGCACGUCAGCUGCUACGUUGGUUAUAACUUCACCAAAUAACGACGCUGUAAAAGGAUUUCUCACUGUGAAUGGAACCAGUAUCGUCAAAGGAGAUUUGACAAUCAAAUUCAACCAUUACAAUCGUGGUAGCCCUUACAAGGUCACUGUAAACAACUCAAAACCACAUUCGCUGCUUCAGCUACAUCUAGCUCGAAAUGGAGUAGUGGCUGCUACAGGCAUUGUAGAAGAUUCUUUCUUUGCUGGUUUUGAUCGAAUAUCCUUGAUGCAGAUGUUCAAACGAAUCAGCAACCAAAUCGGCCAAUCGAUCCAAAUCCUAAAAGCAGCACCAGAGGACACACUAUUCCCAGCUCGAGACUGUGAUGCAAAGAUGUUUGCACCAGACUUGCCGGAAGAUUUGAUUGUGGAAUUCCAUGUGGCAGAAACAUCAGUGGUUUGCAGCAUAUUUGCUAUACAGUUUCAUCGUGAUGCUUUGCCGAUACAGAUUCAGCAGUUGCAGCACAAGUUCUUGACGAGGUUUAGAGGGUCUUUGAAGACAAGUAUGUAUAAAGGUCGUCAUGUAGAAAUCCUGGACGAACUAGCAGUCGAAAGUGUCAGUCCUCAACUGACACGAUUGGAAGCAAUCCUGGCACGAAUCCAAACAAUCUGCCAAAGUACACACCACAAACUCGCAUGUGUGAGCGAGAUCUAA